AUGCUCACCGUCUCCAUCUUCUCCCAGCUUACCGUCGACUCCUCCAAACCGUCGUCGCUCACCGUCUCCGUCGCCGUCUCCCACCGUGGUCGUCGCUCACCGUCUCUGUCUCCCAUGGUGGUCGUCGCCUCCCAUCCCCUUGCGAAGCUGCCGCCGAUAAACACUUUCUCUUCGCCGCCUUCUCCCAUCACGCAGCAGGUAAGCAGGGAGUUGAUUCAGUUGAAGCGUGAGGCAAGGUUGAGAGGGGGAUUUUAUGUGAACCCUGAAGCCAAGAUGUUGUUCAUUAUUCGUAUUCGUGGUAUCAAUGCCAUGGACUGUCUAUUAUGUAUGAUCUCCAUGUACUGUCUUUGGGGGCUCGGAAAAUUCGGCAUAAUCUGCGUUGAAGAUCUUAUUCAUGAGAUAUUGACUGUCGGUCCUCAUUUUAAUGAAGCAAACAACUUCCUGUGGCCAUUCAAGCUGAAGGCACCUUUGGGUGGUCUAAAGAAGAAACGAAACCAUUACGUUGAAGGCGGAGAUGCCGGCAACCGUGAAGAUUUCAUCAACGAGUUAAUCAGGAGGAUGAAUUAAUUAGCUCGCGGUUUUGAAACUCAGGAUUAAUAGAUUUGUUUGCUUUUGUUUUUAUGAUCUUUGAGAGCUGAGCACUUCCAUC